UCACCGAUAAUAUGCGGUGAUCGAUGCAUCUCUCGAGUCCAACGACAUACAGAAGUGCACCAUCGUGCACUCGUCUCCCAUGCUUGCAUCCACAGGCAUUUUGCAUCGUACCAAACCGAGCGAGCACCUGUGGGGCCGCUCAUAUUGGUAGGGGCAGCGCUUACUGGUAUCGAAGCCCUGGAUCCAGCCGUCUCAGGCAACGGAUCAAAAAGAGUGAGCAGCAUCUUCCGGAGCGAUCGCGCAGCAACGCCCAGCCAUGCCGCGCUUUGAGGACCAUCUGCCAACCAGGCCGGUCGAUCGCGACAAGGCGGAGGCCGAGCUCUCGCUCAAUGUCAAAAAGGCAACCUCGCCCGACGAGACGGCGCCGAAGCAGAAGCAUGUCCGAAAAUGCAUCGUCUACACCUGGGAUUACCACAGCUCGCAGUCGAUUUGGGCCAGCCUUCGCGUGCAACCCAUCCUCGGCGACGAGGUGCAGACCUUCAAAGCUCUCAUCCUCGUCCACAAGGUUCUGCAGGAAGGCCACCAGAUCGUCCUUAAAGAAGCGCAAGAGCAGAUCGGAUGGUUCGAAACGUGCUCCAGGACAGUGGGCGGAGAGAGCGCUCGCGGAUACUCCACUCUGAUCCGCGCCUACGUAAACUUUGUCCUCGCCAAGCUUCGGUUCCAUCGGCAUCACCCAGAGUUCAAUGGACUCUUCGAGUAUGAAGAGUACAUUUCGCUCAAGAAUAUCGACAAUCCUGAUGAAGGCUACGAGACGAUCGUUGACUUGAUGGAGCUCCAGGACCAGAUCGAGCAGUUCCAAAAGCUCGUAUUUGCCCAUUUCCGCGGCUCGGCGACUAACGAAUGUCGCAUCGCUUCUCUCGUGCCGCUCGUCAAGGAGUCGUACGGCAUCUAUAAGUUCCUCACAUCCAUGCUCCGCGCGAUGCACAGGCGUACGGACGCUAUGGAUGCGCUCGAGCCGCUUCGGGCAAGGUACAAUCACCAGCAUCACAACUUGCGAAAAUUCUACUACGAAUGCGCAAACCUCAAAUUCCUCACCAGUCUGAUCAAUGUGCCCAAGCUAAACCACGACCCGCCAAACCUCUUCGACAGCCCGGAUGCCCCAUCGCUCCCCACGCGUCGGGCCACGCCGCCGCCGUCUGGGCCCUCGCAGUCCGAGAUCGACGAGCAGGCGCGGCUGCUAAAAGAGUACGAGGACAAGCAGCGCGCCUUGAAGGACCAAGAGGAGGCGGAGCGGAGAAGGCAGGAGGAGCUCAAAGCACGGCAGGCCCGCGAGUUCGAAGAGCAGCAGCGACUGCAGGCCGAGCAGCAGAAGCAGGCGCAGGAUGCGCUGAUCCGCGCGCAGAUGGAACACGCCGCCGGUGGGCGGAUGGCCGAACUGGAGCGCGAGCUGCUGGCGAUGCGAGGGCAGUACGAGCGAGAUCAGUUGAUGCUCGAGCAGUACGACCGCCGCGUCAAGGCACUCGAGAUGGAGAUGGCCAACAUUGGUGCCAAUGUCAAUGCGCAGCUCGCCAGCAAGGACGACCUGAUCCAGCAGCUGCAGGAGCAGGUCAACAUGUGGCGCAAUAAGUACGAGGCGCUCGCGAAGCUGUACAGCCAGCUGCGGUCGGAACAUCUGGACAUGCUCGGCAAAUAUAAGCAGCUCCAGCUAAAAGCAGGCAGCGCACAGGAGGCGAUCGACAAGAUGGAGCGCAUGGAGAAAGACGUCAAGGCGAAGAACCUCGAGCUGGCGGACAUGAUCCGCGAGCGCGAUCGCGCGCGCUUCGAUCUGGACCGCAUCAAGGCGACGCAGAAGGAGGAGUUCGACCGCCUGAAACGCGACCUGCAGUUCGCUAACGAGCGCGCAGAGGACGCGGCGCGGUCCAAGAGCUCGGAGAUGUCGACAGUGAUGCAGACGCUCAAUCGGCAGAUUGCCGAGCUCGAAGACGCGCUACGCGACAAGGGCCGUGACUCGGAAAGCCAUCUGCGCAAAGUUAAGGAUCUGGAGGACACCCUGGCGCAGGUUCGAGAGGAGAAGGACGCAGAGAUCGCCAUCCUGCAGGAAGGCAUGGACGAGACGAUCAAGCAGAUGAACGGUUUGCAAGUGAAUCAAGGCAUAUCCGAAGAAACUGUCAACGCGCAACUAGACACCAUCAUCCUCGACAACACCAAAAAGCUGAACGGCAUCAUCGACUCGAUCCUGCAGGCUUGCGUAGAAAAGGUCGACGAUGCCCUGUACGAGCUCGAGUCGCCGUCUGCCAGCGGCAACAACACUGCCACACCCGAGUACGUGCUGUCGAUGAUCGAAAAAGGGGCCAAUUCGAUCGCAGAGUUCGCGACCACCUUCAGCCUGUACCUGACGCAAGAGGCAGGCGGCGAGCAUGUUGAAGUGAUCAAGAAAGCGAAUCAGUUCGCGCAGACUAGCAGUGACAUUCUCGUCUCUGCAAAAGGCAUCACGCGUCUUGCACAGAGUGACGAGGCAGCAGACCGGAUCGUCUCGACCGGGCGUUCGACCGGCUCCUCGUUGAUCCGCUUCUUCGAGUCGCUCCAAUCGUAUCGACUGGCGGGCGUCGGCCCUACGCAGCGCAAGGAUGUCGUCGCACGGCAGAUGAUGGAGGUGCGCCAGGCGCUGUCUUCCCUGUCCACUGUCGUGGAGGGCAUGGUCAAGGCUGGCAACCACAUGCUCGCAAAUGCCAAUGGCGACAUUGGCGACAUCGUCGAGCGCGAGAUGCUCAAUGCAGCCAAUGCCAUCGAGCAGGCUACGCAACGGCUGCAUGUUCUGCUGAGCCGGCCCAAGGACUCGUCGCGCUUCUCGAAAACCGAACUCGCUGUACACGACGCGAUCCUGGAGGCGUCCCUGGCGAUCACCAAGGCAAUUGGGGGCCUGAUCAAGGCUGCUACCGACUCGCAGCAGGAAAUUGUCGCUGCAGGCAAGGGCAGCAGCACGAAUCAGCAGUUCUACAAGAAGAACAACCGCUGGACAGAGGGCCUCAUCUCGGCUGCGCGCGCCGUCGCGUUCGCGACGACGAUGCUGAUCGAAGCAGCUGACGGCGUCAUCAUGGGCACUCACUCGCUCGAGCAACUCAUUGUCGCUUCAAACGAGGUCAGCGCCGCAACGGCGCAGCUCGUCGCGGCGUCGCGCGUCAAGGCAGAGUUUAUGAGCAAGACGCAAGACAGGCUCGAACGCGCCGCCAAGGCCGUCACGGAUGCGUGCAAAGCGCUCGUCAAACAGGUCAAAACGAUCACAGACAAGCAGAUGAACGGCCAGGAGGAUACGGACUAUUCUACUAUGGCCAUUCACGAGUUCAAGGUCAAGGAAAUGGAACAACAAGUGGAAGUCCUCAAGCUCGAAAAGGAGCUCACGCAGGCUCGUCGCGUGCUUGGCGCGAUGCGUCGCGCUGGAUACCAUGCAACGGAGGACGACGAUUAAAAGCAACAAUCGCUCUGAUCUUUGCCCGACAGAAGGGACCUCGCAAAGCGUUGAUGACGUAGUUGACGUCCCCGCUGAGACCCGCUCUGGACAUUUCUGUAUUGCAUCCAUUUCGAGAAGCUUUAUACAUGACC